GUUUCCAGGCACAGGAUUUCCUCAUUCUCUUCUGCCUGCAGCUCUGCCAUUAGCUGUCGUCUCAGCAGCCAGCCAGAGCAAUGGGAAACCGGGAGUCCCAUCUCUACGAACAGCCUCCCCAGAGACUGGGUGAGUUUAUCCAGGACAACCUGAGGCCCUUUGAAGACUGUCAGAAACAGAUCGACCAGACUGUGGACACCAUCUGUGCAGUCCUUCAGGAAGCUGAGCAGUUCCCCCUGGUGACCGGUGUGGCCAAAGGUGGCUCCUAUGGCCGGAGAACGGUCUUGAGGGGCAACUCCGAUGGUACCCUCGUCAUCUUCAUCGGUGGCUUUGAACAAUUCCAGGAUCAGAAGAAAAACCAACAUGACCUCCUCAGCAAAAUCUGGGCACAGUUGGAACUCUGUGAGCUCACAAUGAAGCUGGCAGCCAAGAUGGAGACCCAGAGCAUCAAUGGCAAGCUCACCAUCCAGCUGUCCACAAAACAGCAGAGCAUCACUUUUGAGUUGCUGCCCGCCUUCAACGCUCUGGGCUUAAGUGAGAAGCCCAGCCUCUGCAUCUAUCGAGAGCUCAAAAGAUCCUUGGAUAUGGUGAAAGCCAGACCCGGUGAGUUCUCAAUCUGCUUCACUGAACUCCAGGAGAAGUUUUUUAGCAACCAUCCCAGCAAGCUGAAGGAUUUGAUCCUCUUGGUAAAGUACUGGUGUCAAAAGUGCCAGGAAAAGCUGGAGGAUCCAUCCCCGCUGCCUCUGUAUGCGCUAGAGCUGCUUACGGUCUAUGCCUGGGAACAGGGGUGUGGAGCAGAAGGCUUUGACAUAGCUGAAGGCAUUAGGACUGUUCUGGAGCUUAUCGGGAAGCAGGAGCAGCUGUGUGUCUAUUGGACAGUCAACUACAACUUUGAGGAUAACACCGUCCGCAACAUCCUGCUGGGCCACCUCCGAUCCCCGAGGCCAGUAAUCUUGGAUCCAACUGACCCAACCAGUAAUGUGAGCAAAGAUAAAGCCUGCUGGCAGCUGCUAAAACAAGAAGCGCAAAUCUGGUUAUCUAGGCUGAACGAGUCACCUGGACUGUCCUGGAAUGUUCUGCCUGCACCGCUCUACGUGACCCCAGGCCAUCUUCUAGACAAGUUCAUCAAGGACUUUCUCCAGCCCAACAGGACUUUCCUUGAUCAGAUCAAGAAAGCUGUUGACGUCAUCUGUAAGUUCCUUAAAGAAAAUUGCUUUCGACAUUCGACUACAAAGUGUCAGAAGAUUGUCAAGGGGGGGUCAACCGCCAAAGGCACGGCUCUGAAGAGUGGCUCCGAUGCCGACCUUGUUGUGUUCGUGGACUCGCUGAAAAGCUACACCUCCCAGAAAAAUGAGAGAUGCAACAUCAUCAAGGAAAUCCAUAAGCAACUGGAAGCCUGUCAGCAGGAGAAGGAUUUUGAAGUGAAGUUUGAGAUUUCAAAAUGGAAGGCUCCCCGGGUGCUGAGCUUCACUCUGAAAUCCAAAGUCCUCAACGAAAGUGUUGACUUUGAUGUGCUGCCUGCAUUUAAUGCCCUAGGUGAACUGAAGUCUGGCUCUACACCCAGCCCCAGGAUCUAUGCUGACCUCAUCUCUUUGCAUAAAUCCUCAGACGCCCUGGGGGGGGAAUUUUCUACCUGUUUCACGGAGCUACAGCGCAAUUUCGUUUGCUCCCGGCCCACCAAACUGAAGGAUUUAAUUCGCCUGGUGAAGCACUGGUACAAAUUGUGUGGAAGCAAACUGAAGCAGAAGGGGUCUCUGCCCCCCAAAUAUGCCUUGGAGCUGCUCACCAUCUAUGCCUGGGAGCAGGGGAGUGGGGCGCAGGAUUUUGACACGGCUGAAGGUUUCCGGACGGUCCUGGAGCUGGUCACAAAAUAUCGGCAUCUCUGUGUCUUCUGGAUGGUCAACUACAGCUUUGAUGAUGAGACUGUGAGGAACUUCCUCCUGACCCAGAUCCAGAGAUCCAGGCCUGUGAUCUUGGACCCAGCUGAUCCUACUGGCGACGUGGGUGGAGGGGACCGUUGGUGUUGGCAUCUUCUAGCAGAAGAAGCUACUGAAUGGUUGUCAUCUCUCUGUUUCAAAGAUGGGUUGGAUUGUCCCAUACAAUCGUGGAAAGUGCCAACAAUGCAGUCACCAGGAAGUUGCGGAGCAGGGAUACAUUCUAUUGUCAGUGAGAUGCACUUAUUCAGAACGUGUAGAUACCUGGAAUAAUAAUGCUGGAAGAAACUUCUAGAGACCACCAGAUGACUCGUAUGAUUAGAAAUUUGGCUUAUGACUAAGGCACGAAGCUGUUUUCUAGGAAAAGUUAUUAUCAUCGUCAAUGGGUCAGCCCACAAAGGUAAUUUGUCCUCUCAAACACUGACUGAAGCACGACGCCCCCUCUGCCCUCUCUGUUCGGCAGAAGAGGAGAGCGGAAAUCCCACCAUGUGCUUUAUACCAUGACUGGCUGCAUUCAGGCCCCUUGAGGAGGCGGUUCUGAGGAGCUAAUCUCUGGUCCUCUUCUUUCUCUGUAAUCUCAUCUGAACAAUUUAAUGCACAUCCAUGGCCUCCCCCACCCCUGACAGGCAAUUGCUUUUAAAGAAUCGGUUCACUGUGUGAAAGAGUAGCCCAUUCUUCCCUUGACGGUCCCCACUACUCCUUCCCUCGCUUCUCCAACUCCUCUUGAAAUCAAGACCUCCAUGUCCUUCGUAAAGUCUCACCUCGCCUUGCUGAAGUCUUGUUCCAUGUGUGACCUCCGUUAUUAAAAACAUUUGCUCUCGUCCAGGCUUAUGUGCACUGUAUUUGUCAACCAUUCUGUACUUUCCCAAUUACUAACUCCUUCCUUUGCCUUCAAGUGUUAGAAGAGGGCUCUUUUCCCAAAGUGAAGCCCUUCACCUGCCCCUUUGUUCCCGUAAUUCCAUGAUCUUGCUCUCAUACUCCUCCACCCCACCCGCCACCUGUCUCUUUUCCUCUGUACCCAAAACCCUGUCUGCCCCUGCCGAGCAGAGGUCUCUGAAACCAGUAAUGAGCUGGCCUCUUCUUACACCUGCAAACUCUCCAAAGGCUUGGCUUAUAACUGUUGAGAUAGAUGAUAGAUAGAUAGAUAGAUAGAUAUCAGCAGUUGUUUUAUAUAUACAUAAAAUAUACUAUACAUGUAUAUAUAUAACUGUUGUCAUUUCCUUCUGAGCCAACCUUUUCUCCCCCAUCCAUGAGUAUCUUCUUGCCAAAUCUAAAGGCUUUAUCCUCUGGCUUUAGCUUCCAAGAUACUUGAAGAUCUAAGUGCUUUAACCUCAUAUAUCCACUUAACGUUUCAUUACUGCCACAUACACCAACUUGCUUGUCAUAUAAGAAAGAAUAGGUCUGGUCUUUUCCCCAGUUCCAAGCUUCAAAAAACCCUUGGAAUUUCCAGAUAGGGUGUAUUUUGUAUUCAUAAGGAGCCUCUUUCAACCCUCCCUGAGUUACGCUAACGAGGUGUGUGUCCUUAGAUAGUUUCAAAGGAUGGGCUGGCCAUGCCAGAAAUGCCAAGUGUGUGAUGAGAGGGUUGAAACUUUCAGCCCCACCCCCUCCCCCAACCUUCCAAGAGAACAGGAGGGCUGGAGAUUGAAUCCAAGCACAUGGCUAGUGAUUUAAUCAAUCGUGCCUUUGUAAUGAAACCCUAAUAAAAACUCUGGACAACAA